AUAUGACCCGGAGACGGAUAUUUUGAGCAACGACCUGAGCCGUCGGGGUACGAUGACACGCUUGAACAAAGUCAUCAAGUCUGAUCACCCGAUCCAUUAAGUUACCUCGUACGACCAGGGGGCCUUUUCCAACCCGGAUUCUCCACGGGACCGGCUGGUGUUGGUGUUUCAAUCCCUGUGAUUGGCCCAGAUCGACCGCCACUCACAACAUGGAGGGCUCCACGUGCCUCGCGCGCUCCACCAGGCGUGUAAUGUCAACAUAAACAGAGCCACUUCAAAUCAGACGCAGCAUGUCGCGGAUGAGGAGGUUCAUCCUGUUGUUUCUCCUCGCCUACACCUCGACGUCUAUUUUAUUCUUGUCUCUGGUUGCAGAAAACAACUACUUUGGAAAGUACGGUUGGAGCAAUGUGAAAGAGGCCCCCUCAAUUUCCUCAGGGGUCUGGAGACUUCGUGACAACCCCGGGAGCCGGAGUAUAUCGAAAUUUGGAAGUCAAUGGCGUAGGGUUAAUAUAUCUUACCCGGUAAUGGAUUCCUGCAGCGACGAUGUUAAAUAUAACUCACGAUUGGAGGAUGUGUAUGUGUUGUUGACGAAGAGCAUAACGUUAUACUCCGCCUAUUAUGACGCUAGGGAAGAUAUACCUGUCAUUAGAAUCAUAUCGACUGUAAAACCCGAGAAGAAGGAAGUGCGGUUGUGGUGUCACUUUGACUCAGAAAGAGGCUCAGGAGCUUCGAAUACUUCUUGCGUGACGCCAGUCUCGUAUUACCAAAUGUGUGAAAAUCAUAAACGGGAGAUAGGCGGUUGGAUAUUAUCAUGUCAAGUGCCAAAGUGUUAUGUGGACAAGGGGAGACAACCCUGUGUUGUCAGCGUCUCUCUGUCACCGAAAGAGUCUUCAACAAACAGCGUUGAGAUGUCAAUAUUGACAACCGAAAGAUCACCGCAGGAAACUCAGGUUGAUUUUGCUGUGUGUGUACCGCCCCUAUUUGGUAAAAUACGCAAGGAUCAGAUUGUUCAAUUUGUAGAACUUACGCGAAUGCUUGGAGCAAACCAUUUUAUGUUUUACGUGCAUGACGUUAAGCCGAACGUCAAGGAGGUUUUGAAACAUUACGAAUCACUAGGAAUUGCAACCAUCCGCAAGUGGGCCGUGCCAUCGAAGAGCCCAAGGUCCAUAUGGUAUCAUGGUCAAUCUUUGGCCAUUAACGAUUGCCUAUACAGACACAUGGCCAACGUCCAGUAUUUGGUAUUCAACGAUGUGGACGAAUUUCUCAUACCGCACGGGCCGGACAUGCGGACUUGGCGGGACAUCGUGACGUCACAACAUAGCUUUACCAACACGUGCGCGAUGACCUUUAAGAGCGCUUUCUUUGACCUAGCUUUCAGAAACAACCAGGACUUCGUUGUCAGAAAUGUAAGUGUUCUAGACAUAACAACACGGGCGGAGUCUUACUGUGAAUUUCGGAAUAAGGUCAUGGUCGUGCCGUACAAGGUUUUCGAGAUGGGGAUACACCACGUGAGUCGACCUUGGCCCGACGUUGCCAACUACAGCGUUGUCGAUGUGUCGCCCCAGACGGCAUACAUUCAUCAUUACCGCCCCUGUAAGAGCUUCUCAUGGAUCUGUAUUCAUGGACAAAUUGACACGACUCUUGUGGACAAAUAUGGAGAGGAAUUUUUUAUCAAUUAUAAUCGCACAAUGAACAUUAUUCCGGAUUAAUUCCCAUCAGUAGUGACGUCAUUCGUCACAUGUUGCAAAAUUGUGGAUUUUCAUAUGACGUCAUAAUAUGUUCAAAAUCAUAUACAGAAAAAGGACCCUUGUAUAUCAUCUGUGUCUACCCCAGGGAUUCCGGGACAGAAACAGUCCGCGUACCCGAUGCUUUCAUUAAUUUGCGAUAUUAACAGGCCGACGCUAUCAUUUCAUUUGUGAGUGACACGGUGUAACGCCGAUUUGAACACUUUAGUUAUAUUAGGGCGUGUCAGUUUGACGUGACAGGAAAGCAGGAAGUGAAGUAAGUCUCUGACAUAAUUCUAACAUAUAGUUAAAAUUGUUAAUGACAGCAGUUUGACUGGCUGUGCAAUCCAAUAUUUCUGUCUUGAUGCAUUUUCCGCACUACCUACGUUCGUCAAUCAGCUGGAAAAUUCCAUUUCGAAUUCUUUUUCUGAAUUUGUUUUUUAGUCUGUAAAAAUAGCCCCAGCAUGCAACUGUGUCAUUACCCACCACUGUAUUUAAACUCACACUGAACAUGGUACGUUCCUGUUUGUGUUUAUGCAUGUGUACGUGAGAUUCGAAACACAGAAGAUUUGUUUUCAAACAGCUUAAAUGUUGAAGCGUCUUCGUCAUGUAAUACUGUUUAUUGUUUGUAUGUAUAUUCGUUAUUGUUGUAUUAUGUGACAGUAUAUAUUGUUGUGAGUUUGUGCUGAUUCUCAGUGGCAGCGGAUGAUUGGAGCGCUGCAGUGGCCAGAUGCUAACAGGAAGUGUGAUUAGAGUUACCGCCCCUGGUUGUUGUACUUGACCUGUAUGAGAUCGACACGAGGGCGAUCCGAUGCCAUUUACUAGAUUUGCAUCUUAUUAACUUUGUUUAAGAACGUGCAUGAGAGAAAUGGGCCACCAUAGUCAGACAGACUAACAGACAAACAGACAUUAUAUUCGGUAUUUAAGGCCGCAUGGCCCAUUGCACAGUUGACAUUUUAAUUUCAUUUUCAUUUGUUUAUUCACGUGAUAUACAUGAUAUUCAGAAACUGACAGAAUCAUCAAUAUGGGUAGUGAACGUAUAACAGCGAGUUGUUGGAGUUGUUGGAUUUUAUAAUACUAAUGAUUAACAUCAUUUAAUGCAUAUUGUUAAACUUCCAAAUAUACUUUUCUCUAAGAUGUUCAUACUUAUCACAUACUAUUAAAACAUGAAAUUCAUCCUCAAUCUCUCCUCAUUAGCAUUUUUUACAGAUACUCAUUUCAACAUCUCUCUUUUUACUUCUACGUCUCAAAUGUACAUUAAAAAUUAUGUAAUGGCACGCUUAAUAUACAUGAAGCCCUAACAAGCGAUUGAUCAUCUAACAUACUUAUAUCCUUCUCUGGUUCUAUAGCAGACUUGAUAUCGUUGUCAUGGCUGUGGAAACGUGAUGAAGAUGCCAGUUUUGACUAUACAUAUCCUGUAACCUUUGUUUAAAAGAGCAUAAGAACAUGUUUGUAUCCGCUACGUCUUGGGGAAAUCCACACAAAUGAAUAGAUACAAGAAAAUAAUAAAUAUCUGACAUUGGACAACCAACUCGUUUUGCCUUUGUCAUCAAGAGCUUUCAGUAGUUUAAAACAUUGGAUAUCUUUGCAAUAAAUCCUCAGUAAUUUUAACCAAUAUUAUGUCAUUCGAAGUUGACUUAAUAUACGAAUGGGAUAGCGUCCUUUUUACCACAAUUUCUUUAUUGGAAGCAUUUUUUCCAACCAUAGAAAAACUUUUAAAGGACGAAGAAUAGCGGAAUUAUAUUUUGCGCCCCAUGUUUCUGAUCCGUCUAACUUUGGCGCAAAUAUACCACUAGUUAAAGAAAAGGAUAAAUGUAUAUUUUGCUUGAAAAAAUUAAGAUAGGUACAAUUGCUUUUGAUACUUUUGAUGCUAGCUGUUUGCACGCAACUGGCCAUGAUAGUGUAGAAGAUAGUGUCACGCCUAACUAUGUAUAAUGAGUAUCAAUUUUAAGAGGAUAUUACCACAUGUCCAUUUUUUAUUUUUUGCCCUGGUACAUCCCUUUCUGAAAACCCCAAUUACAUCUGAUUUGGACAAAUUGCUUUCCAAUCCCCUUCUGUCGCAAAAAGAUUUGUUUGUUUGUUUGUUGUUUAGCGCCGCACUCAGCAAUAUUCCAGCUGUACAACGGCGGUCUGUAAAUAAUCGAGUCUGGACCAGACAAUCCACUGAUUGAUAUCAUGAGCAUCGAUCCACGCAAUUGAGA